UUCGAACGACACGUGGUGUGACAAAGAGGCCAGUGUAAAUAAAAAGUUAGGCAAGGUUAAUUGUCCAAUGACAAUACAUUAGCUUACAUUACCUUUGUUUAGAAAUAGUACAUUCAGUUAAAAGGCCUAGAGAAAAACUCUUUUCAAGAAACCGAUUCUGUAGGAUGGAAUCUUUCAAUAGCAACGACUUGCUCAUGCCUAACCGAGAAACAUUAUUUUCGCGACUUUACUACACGAUGAAUUUUAGUAGAGGGCUAAACGAAUCCUUGAUCUAAGAAUAUCCUGGUGUGGAAGACGAUCGAAACCACGCAAAAUUCCAAACGGAAUACCUGAAGAUGGCACGCAUGUUGUUGAAGUCUCAUUCACCAAGCAGCAAAUGUUGCACCAAUGUUGCAUGGUUUGGUCGGUGUCGAUCAAAACAUAAUUACUAGUUUUGUGAGCUCUUGAAACAGACUAUCUAGGAGUGCAAUUAAAUAAAAAGUUUAACAAAAAAAAAAGUUUCAAAUUGGCAAUAAUAUAGAAUCCUAAUCAGGGCGUACUUUUAGAAGUCUGGAAACAGCACUGACUUUCUUUCUUCUUAAAAUUACUUUCUUAAUGGUCCUUUUCCUUUUUCCUUGAAAGAUUCGAAAUAGAUUGCAUUCUAGAACAACCAUUGUUUUAUUGUAGUUUUUCCGGAUUAAAACCAUUUCUCAGUUACCAGCAUCUUCAUGUAAAAUUUAUUUUAUGUGAUACCUGGCAUAAUCAAACUUAUUGUGAAACAAAGAGAAAUGUUAGCAACAAAGUGUGAAAAACAAGAGAAAGGAGAAGACGACAGACUUUGAAUCUGAUUUCAGCACAUGCAGACAUAUGCUGUAUUUUCAAAUUUCAGAUGAGGGAAAUAUCAUAAAUCAGUGAAGCAUAUUAAGCUCAUUAGCAGGGAUCAUGUCCCCAGAUGCUUUGGGUUUGCAGUUAUGCAGACAUUUAUUUCUUCUAUAAAUUCUUGCAGUGUAACAAAUCUCUUGCAAGUACUUGUUACUAUAACGACACCCCCAAAACGAGGUCAGCUCACAGGGAGUGGCUGUUGUUUUGAGAACUUGUUAUUCCCGCCUUCAAAAAGCUGUUGAUGAUACUACCUCGAAGAAAAUUUUCGGGAUGGCGAAAGUUAACAUUUUUGCCAGCAAGCUGCAUCUCUUCAUGAUUCUUACUUAUGGCUCGUAUAAUCUAUUCGUUGAGGGUGCCAACAACAAUACAUACACAGAUACCUGCUUUGAAGGAAGAACUGGUAUUUUCCCCUGCUCUUCAGUGAUAACUGGGAACCUCUUGCUUAUAAUUUUCUAUGCAUUGCUUCUUGCUGUUGCUGCAAAGUUCAUUUCAGAUGGUGCUGAAUUAUUGCUAGAUCUUGGGAUAUCUGCAAGUCUUGUUGGUGGUGUUAUUCUCCCCCUUCUUGGUGCUGUGCCAGAUUCUGCCAUCAUAAUUGUAUCAGGUCUUGGCAACAAAGAAGAAGCACAACAAAAACUGGCUGUUGGGAUGGGAACAUUGGCUGGAAGUACCAUCAUGUUACUGACAAUUGCUUGGGCUGGAAGUUUGAUGAUAGGGAGAUGCAAUUUGGAUCAGAAGGGUGAAUCUAUUGAUGGGACUGGAAAAGGAAGGUUUGCUUUAAAAGAUCAGGGUAUCACACUUUUGCCUGAAUUCAGAAGUGGCCUGAUUAUCAUGCUUAUUACAUCUCUUUUUUACUUGGUUGUACAGUCUGCUGACUGGCAUUUUGGAGCAACCAAUACUGCAUCACCACAACCAGAGUAUGUGAGGAAUAGUGCUUUGGUGACAAUGAUACUCUGUUUUGUUGGCUUGUUUGGAUAUUUUGCAUUUAUGCUUUACGACAGCAGAGCUGCUGAAAUGAGACUUCAAAGACAUCGCAAAGAAAUGAUUCAGAGGAAAGUUUUGCAUCAUAUGCUUGUCAUGGCCGAUAGGCAGAUUUUCAAACCAGCUCCAAAGGCAACUGAUGUGGAAGAUGGUGGUGCUGGAUCUACUGAUGCCGAUGAAGGAGAUCAUAGCGUUUCUAAGAAAUACUUCAAAGCCUGGCAUAUGAAGAAAGGAAUAAAGAAGAUGGGUGCAAGCAACGAAGAGGACGAGGAAGAAACCAAGGCUAUGAUUCAAAAGCCGGAAGUAGUCUCUCCUGAACCUGUGGAAAGGGAAACCGAAGAAGAAGAAGAGGAAGAAAGCAAAGUAAAAAUUGGUCUGAAAUCCGCUGGUAUGCUUCUAUUCGGCGUUGCAAUGGUGUCAAUAUUUUCGGAUCCCAUGUGUGAUGCACUGGAUGCUUUGACUAAUAAAAAGAAUGAUCCACAUUACAUAAAGGUCAAUUCAUUUUACGUCUCGUUUAUCGUCACCCCACUUUGCUCAAAUGCUUCAGAGUUGGUGUCAUCACUGAUCUUCGCAAGCCGCAGAAAGAGAGACAAUGCCACAAUAACAUACUCCCAGAUCUAUGGUGCCUGUAUCAUGAACAAUACAAUGUGUCUUGGCAUCUUUAUGGCUCUUGUAUACUUCCGAGAGCUUGAGUGGUACUAUUCAGCAGAAGUCACGGUCAUCCUACUGGUUCAAUUUUGCGUGGGGAUCAUUAGCUUCAGGAAAACAUACAAGCUUUACCUUGCAAUUCCAGUUGGCUGUAUUUAUAUCUUAUCACUGGUGAUCGUGUUCGUCCUGGAAAAAUACCUUAAUUGGAAGUAAAGUCGGUAAAUUCACUAUUUAAUUUUUUAUUUUUGAGCGUACAAAGGAUGCCCACCUAUUUGGUUAUAUUUUAGAUAAAGUUUUACAGCUUCUUUAUUCAUCGGUUUACUUUCAAAUUUUGGUCAAGUCUGCUAAUUCAUUCAGGAGCUGAUAGUAGAUUUGCUGAUGACCUCACCAAGUAUAAAAACAUUAAUGCGAUUCUUCUGAAACCUCCCUCCCCCCUCCCCCCUCUCCAACUUAGCUUUUGUCUUUUGUCUGUAUGUUGUAGCAAAAAUGUUCUCGACUUUUCUUCUUCUAAGUUCUUCAGGCUUAAGUUUAUAUCAAGUCAGCCAAGGAUAUCAUUGUCUUUAGUGCAAUGUACCAAAUCUUGACAGAUGCAAUAAUUCGAAAAAAAUUGUAGAGGGGCAUCAUCGUAACCCACCUGUUUGCACCAUAUCAGAUUGUUUUAGUUAGUUUCACUCGCUCCGGAGGCCCAAGAGAAAAAGCAAUUGCUUAUUUGUUAGUAUAGAUCAGAAUCUUUUAGCGUCCUUUUUUGUCUUGAGUUUCUCAGAAUUAGUAAUUCAAAUAUGGGUUAUUUUGCAAGCGAAAUGUAGAUCGGGUAUUCAAACGAAGAUAAAUCGGGUAUAUAAUCUAUUUUCUUAUUUUAAAUUGUAUUUAUCAAUUCGACGUAUUUGAAAUUUGCAAUAAAAAGACAGCGCUGUUUUUGAGGAAUAAGAAUGUGCUUACUGCAUUGGCAAAGUGUCACAUUGAAAAAAGCUAGGGCCUGUUUAAAAGGACAAGAUUGCUCGGGUACAUGCAGGUUUUAAAAUGAUAGUGCAUUUCUUUUUAUGCUAAGGAAGCAAUUCUUGUUCUUCUUAAAUAGAGGUCUAUGUUUUAAUUUAUAGGGAAGAUUUGUAAUACGCCUAUUCCAUAAUUUUUUUAAACAAUUUUGUUAACUUAAUUAACGUUGUGCAGUUGCUUGUAAUUAUUGGAUGUUUUGUUUUCUCUAUUGCUCUAGAAAAAGAAAAUAGCUUGAAACAAAAACCACAACUUUGGUUUAAGGGAUUUUUUUGGUUUAGGUCUGCUGUUAACGAAAACUUUCCACUAGAAGCCAGUUUUCGAUAAAUUGGACUUUGUCGUCAGAAAUUGUUGUAUCCAUCGUCUUAAUGCCAUCCAAGAACCCCCGAUUUUAUUCUGAUGAUAUAAUACUUCUGGGACCAACUUUUUGUUGUCUUCAUACCACAGUCCAUAUAAGUUCUAUAUGUUUUACGUGGAAGGAUUCUCCAUUAUGACAAUUUUUGACGACCAUUUUAAUUACUCUACUUUUUCGUUCUAUAACACGUUUUUUAUUGCACGAGUCACUUUUUAAUGCAUAAAACACAAUUUUUAUCUGCUCUAUAUUUUUAAUGGGAAUUAUUGAAUGAAAUUACUUUUUCUUUGCUGGAAAUUAUAGUCCUUUUGU